CAAAACAACGGAGCAGCAACGGGAUUAUUAGCAUACAACUUGCAAGUUAUAAGUAUAAAAUGAGCUUGAGGAAAACGUUCAAGAACCUUGCUCUUCACGAGGAAAGCAAUUUGGAGUUGAACGAAGAAUGGAACAACUUUGUGAAACGGAUGGGUGAAGUAUCUGGUUUGGUAAAAGACCUCGCAAGUGGUGACAAGGAAAAAGCGGACGCGGCUAAGGUUCUAGCCGAUCAGUACCUCGAAGGGAAAGUUAUUUUAGAUGAAGAAGUAAAAAUGACGAUAAAAGAUGACCGUACCGUUAUAAACCAGAAAGCUUUUCAUUCUAUGGACAAGAAAGAUACGGGAGAAAUCGAUAAGGAUGCAUGGAUGGCUGAAGUAAGCAAAGAUGCAGAACGCCGCGCGCUGGACCGCAAAAUUCGCCACGAAAAAGCUGACACACUAAAGACCCAAGCAAUUAAAGCUUUUCGACGUGAAGAAUAUGACAGGGCCUUGUCUUACUACAAUCGCGCCAUAGAACAAGUUAAAGACAAUCCGAUGUUUUACUGCGACAGGGCUUUAACAAACAUUAAACUAGGACACUUCGAAAAGGUGUUCAAAGACUGCGAAUGGGCGCUACGGCUGAACGAGAAGAGUUUUAAAGCUCGGCUCUACAAAGCGAAAGCUCACAAAGAGAUGGAAGAAUUUGAUAAACUGGAAGAGUGCAAGAAGGAACUGUACGAGAUGUUCCCACAACACGACGACCUCAUUACAUACUUCCUGGAUAAAAAGGAAGGGCUUGAAGAAGACACCGAGUAAACAUUACUUACCUACAUUUUGUUCUAUUGUUUCGUUGUCAUGUUAUUUUAUGUUACUUUACAUCGAUUCUCAAUAUACUUUAAUUACUAUCUAGAAUCUAUACUUAUCUAUAUUUUA